AUGUCUCACACCGUUGACAUCCCGCAAGAGCUGAAGGCCUCCCUCCGGAAAUUCCGGUUUGCUCGCCGCAAUGCGGGACAUGCGGCUCUCGUCGUGAAGAUCAACAAGAAAAAGCUGAUUAUGGAGGAGGUAGAGCAGUUCGACGAUAUAGGCAUCGAGGAUCUUGGGGAAGAGCUUCCGGAGAACGCUCCACGUUAUGUUCUGCUUUCGUAUGAGCUGAACCAUUCGGACGGCCGGAAAUCGUUUCCGCUUGUCCUCGUCAACUGGGCUCCUACGUCGAGCGAGAUGAGUCUGCUCACGUUACACGCCAGUGCAUUCUUGGACUUCCAAACUACGGCGGAUGUCAGCAAGGUGAUAGAAGUCCGAGAUGGCGCGGAAGGUUUCACGAAGGAAAUUAUAGACUCGAACUUGCUGCAUGGAUGA